CUAGUGACGAGGGAGUAUCGUUUUUUUCAAGAGCGUACAGUAUUUGAGCGGGGCCAUAUAUAACGAGGGUUUUGAUUCAUUAUAAACGAAAACACGCACAACACGCAGGCGCAGCCCCCUCCCUCAGUCCCUCGUCGUCUAAAUUAACCAAUUAUUUAUCCAUGGCGAGACUGCAAUACAAGAGUAGUGAUUACAAGCCACCGAAGCAAUACAAGAGCAGUAGUAUUGAUUACAAGCCAUCUCCGAUCGUUGCCCUAGCUACAAGUCCUGAUGAUUCCAGAGUGGCCGCCGCUCGUGAAGACGGCUCGCUUGAGAUUUGGCUCGUCUCUCCUGGAGCCGUCGGCUGGCACUGUCAGCUGACGAUUUACGCAAGUCCUAAUUCGAGAGUUUCAUCGCUUGUUUGGUGUCACUCGAAUGGAUACUCUCUUGGACGCUUGUUUUCUUCUAGUAUUGACGGUUCAGUUUCCGAGUGGGACCUUUUUGAGUUGAGGCAGAAGAAUGUGCUAUCUAUUGGUGUGUCAAUCUGGCAAAUGGCGUCUGCCCCAUACAAAAACCCGCAUAGUAAUGAGAAGAAGCAUCCUCAGUAUAUUAAAAUGAUUUCUGAUUCUAGUGAUGAUGAUGAUUGUAGUGAGAGUGACAAUGACAUUGAUUCAGUUGUGACAACGGAUGGAUCUAUUGUUGAAGAUGCAAAUGUAGCAAUGGCGUGUGAUGAUGGCUGUGUGCGAAUUUGCACUGUUUCUGAUGAGUUUAUUUACCACAAGUCAUUGCCAAGAGUCAGUGGGCGCACCUUGAGUGUGACUUGGAGUCAGGAUGCAGAUAAGAUUUUCUCAGGAAGCAGUGAUGGGUUAAUCAGAUGCUGGGAUUUUAAAACAGUUCGUGAGGUUUUUCGGAUAACUGUCGGACUUGGAGAAUUAGGCAGUGGACCUGAACUCUGCAUAUGGUCAUUGCUUUCCCUCAGGAGUGGUACCCUUGUCAGUGCUGAUAGCAAUGGUAGAGUUCAGUUCUGGGACAGUCAAAUGGGAACUCUUUUGCAGGCUCAUUCGCGUCACAAGGGUGAUGUGAAUGCGCUGUCUGCAGGUCCAAGUCAUAAUAUGGUCUUUUCUGCUGGCUCGGAUGGUCAGGUGAUACUCUAUAAGCUCUCAAGAGAUGUAUCUGGAUCAACUGAUAAAAAGUCUUCUGUCAGAGUAAUUGAGAAGUGGGUAUAUGUUGGUUAUUCGAGAGCACAUACACACGAUGUGAGGGCCUUGACAGUUGCAGUUCCCAUAAGUAGAGAAGAUACGUUUCCUGAUGAAAAGGUAAAGAAGGAAAAGAGUGAUAGUGUUCCGAAGAAUGAGAAGGUAUAUAGGAAAAGGAAAGACCGUAAAAAGGUAAAGAAGGAAAAGAGUGAUAGUGUUCCGAAGAAUGACAAGGUAUAUAGGAAAAGGAAGAAAGACCGCGUAAAGAAGCCCCAUGAUUUUAGUUUCCGCAAGUGGGGCCAUAUAGGUGUUCCCAUGCUUAUUUCAGCUGGUGAUGACACAAAGCUUUUUGCGUAUGCUGCAAAUGAGUUUACCCAAUUCUUUCCUCAUGACAUAUGUCUAGUACCACAGAGACCACCAAUGCAACUAGUACUGAAUACAGUUUUCAAUCAAUCUCCUUUGCUUAUGAUUCAGGCCUCCAAGUGGUUAGAUGUUUUUUGCGUCCAGUCAAAAACUAGUUCUCAUCCUGAUACGAGUUCUGACCCUUGUGCCGGCAUUGCAACCACAGACAUGGUAGUCAGGGUCAAGAGUAAGGCUUCUCAGAAAAUCAUUUGUAGCUCCAUGUCUAACUCAGGAGUGUUCUUUUCAUACUCAGAUGAAAAGAAACCUAGUCUUUUAAAACUAAAUAAAAUCGAAGCUCAAAAAAGUGCAUGGACUAUUGAAAAAAGGAAACUUCCGAAUCUGCCAUUUGCACAUUCCAUGUGUUUCACAUAUGAUUCUUCUUGGCUGAUGAUAGCAGGGAAUGACAGAAAGAUAUAUGUUGUAGAUGUGGAAAGCCUAAUUCUGAUCUGCACAUAUACCCCUCGUUGCAAGGACAUCGAUGAUGAAAUUCUCAGUGAGCCUCCUUUAACAAGGAUGUUCACUAGUCCUGAUGGACAGUGGUUGGCAGCUGUUAACUGUUUUGGAGAUAUAUACAUUUUUAAUCUGGAGAUAGGAAGACAACAUUGGUUCAUAUCCAGAUUAGAUGGCGCUUCUGUUACUGCUGGUGGUUUUACUCCUCGAAACAGUAACAUCCUCGUAAUCUCCACCUCUUCAAAUCAGGUAUAUGCAAUUGAUGUGGAUGCUAAACAGUUGGGUGAAUGGUCUACUCGGCACAAAUUUACUCUUCCCAGAAGUUGCCCAAAAUUUUGUGGAGAGGUUAUAGGACUUACAUUUCCGCCAUCCCUAAAUGCUUCUUCUGUAAUUGUCUAUAGUCCCAGGGCGAUGUGUGAGAUAAACUUUGAAACGCCAGUUAUUGUAAAAGAUCUCGAUGCUCCUGUGAGGAAAUUACCAAGUUCACCUUCGAAAAAAGAACUGAAAAGAAAGUUAAAGGGCUGUGACUUUGAAAAGAAAGUUGAAAAGAAAACCAAACACAAUGGUAAGGAGGAUUUUGAAAUAACCCCUUUUGAUGAACCUGUAUUGUUUGCUGGACUUCUUUCCAAAGGUUCUCUCUUUGUCAUGGAAAAACCAUGGAGUCGAGUGAUUACAAAAUUUGAUGCCCCGCCUGUGCACAGUCAUAUCUAUGGUACAUAACUCCGUAAUGUUUUUGAAGGAGAAUUUUGAAUGGCGAAGGUGGGCGUUAAGAUGUUGAAGUCAAUAUGAUAUUCUGAGGGGCUAUUUGAAGGAUGAUUUUGUUUAUUUCUGAAAGUAUAAUUCUUAUAAAUUAUUCUGUAUUUACUUUCAACCCCUUGUUUGCAUGUAUUUGCAAUUUUUCUCUCAAGUUUGUAUAUAAUUUUGGAUUUUAGAGAGUACAA